AUGGAUACAGACACAAAAUUAAAAGACAUCCAAUUGUAUAGACCACCACCAGGGUAUACAUUAAGUAGAACAAAACUAUUCCGAUUACAAAGUGUUGAUACAUCUAUGAAACAAUCAAAUCAAUCAAUUAAUAUAGAACAGAUUGAUAUUAAUGAAUUGUCCAACAUUAUUAAUAUGAAUCAAUUAAAAAUUUUACAAAUUAGACAAACAAUUAUGAAUGAAUUUAUAUAUAAACUAUUAAAAUCUAUGAAACAAUUAAAAAGAAAUUCACAAACAUUAAAAGGAAUCAAUUAUGGUAAAUAA